CGCCAACUCAUGCCAGUAACGCGUGGAGAGAAAUGUUGACUCGCCACUUGAGCGCCACUUCACACCACAGCUCCACUGCUGGCGACGCUGCCUGGCUGCGGGAGCUUCAGUUCAACACAACUUGAAUUGACUCCACAAUUUCAGUUGCAGUUUGUGUCUCGCGUGCGACGGUUCGUUAGCGGUGAAAUAGUCGUAUUCUGCUCUGUGCCGCUCUGCCGAUUGCAAAGCGCCGAAACGGUGAAUAGACUCCACACACCGUCGUCUCUGGGUGUGUGUGUGUGUGUACGCUUGUGGUCGGCGUUCGUUGGCGAACGACCACUGACGUUUGCGUUUGUGUUUGGUUCGCUUCGCCAAAGUGCAGUGCGAUUUUUUAUAGUGCAAAUUCGCCGGUGCAGCAGCAGUUCGCUUACCGGCGUUCGGUCGCAGUUGUCUGUCGCGGUCGGUACAAGUGCGUUGGAUGCGUCGGUGAGCCAGGCGCUAAGUUGCGUGCCCGCACAGUGAUUGAUUGACGUCUGUCAGAUACAGUUGCAAUCGUAUGUUGCUGGCAUUGCCCGAGCAAUACGCUUCAUUACGUCGCGUUUACAUUGCGGAGUGAAUGAGCGCUGAGUGGGCGAUGCGGUGCGGUGCGCUGUAUUUAUGAGUGUUUUAUUAAAAUAGUCCAGCAAAAUUGAGUGCAAUAAAACAUACAUACUUAAGCGGCGGAUUUUGAGCAGUGUUUGUGUUGUUGUUGUUGUGCAAAAGUCCAGCUUUUUACGAUGCAUUAAAUAACUCCGCGAACACAAAACUAAUUAAGUUGAUAAAUAUUGGUGAAUGAAAAAUCGAGUGAAGUUGAAAAAGUCGGCGAUUAGCUACAAAACAAAAAAUCCAACAUAGAAUAUACUUAAUACAAUUAAAUACACACGAAUAAAUAAAACACGAAAAGUGCAUUUAAACACGAAAAACAUCAUAAUUGUGUCGCCAUAUUAACAAAUUUAUGAAUAUUUUCAAAUCUAAAAUAGUGCUGAAAAAUUAGUAAAAUAUUAAAAAAAAAUACGGUAUUAUUUCAUAAAAAACUACGGUUUACGGUUUUAAAAAACAUAUGCUUUUAAAUAUUAGCUGUAAAGUACUGCGAUCAAAAUUUAUUACAAACAAACAACUAAAAGAUUAAUGUUGCCAUAAAUCAGCGUGAAAAAAUGUUUCUGUCGUUCCAGCAUCGCAGCGAAAAUGAUUCACCCAAAGAAUGCUUCGAAAAUCCACUGGAACAAUGGGAAGCAUGAUUAAUAUGAGUUUGAUUAGAAUAAAUGUGUUGAAAUAAAUAAGAAUUAAGUGAAACCAUAAUCAAUAAGUGCAGAAGAAAUACACACAUACACAUUAUAGAAAUCAUAAUUUACAAUGAAAGAGUGCUCUACUCGUAAGUUAUAAAGUCAAGAAUUAAGCGGUUAAUGAGUUCCAAAAUUACGCGAUUAAGUGUGAAAAAUGUGCUCGAUUUCGAUGAAUGUAAAUGUACACAUGUGAGUGUGCUUUAUUUCAAGCCAGAGUAACAGCAAUCGCCCGCUGUGUGUUUGUCAGUGUGUGUGUAUGAUUUAGUAGCAGUUCAGCGAAGAGCAGCAAGAUGAAUUGCCUCUGCCGCCCCUCGCGGAUUAUGUCCGUGCGCAUCAAUCUGCUGGACGAAACGGAUUUUUUACACGAAAUCAAGGAUGAUUUACCGGGCCAAGCGUUGUUGGAUGUUGUUUUCGCCAGACUUAAUUUAAUCGAAACUUCAUAUUUCGGCAUACGCUAUAUUGACGAGGAGAAUCAGACGCAUUGGCUGGAUCCAGCGUCUCGUAUAUCACGACAGCUCAAACCCAAGUCAGAUCCAUAUGAUUUGUAUUUUGGUGUAAAGUUCUAUGCAGCAGAUCCGUGUAAAUUACUCGAGGAAAUAACGAGGUAUCAACUGUUUCUACAAGUGAAGCAAGAUGUCCUACAAGGCAGAUUACCGGUCGCAUUCGAGUUGGCUGCAGAAUUGGGCGCGUUCGUUGUGCAAUCCGAAUUGGGGGAUUACGAUCAGCGGCGUCACUCCAAAGGUUAUGUGUCCGAGUUUCGUUUACUGCCGAAUCAGAGCAGCGAACUGGAAACACGUGUCGCCGAACUUCAUCAGCAAUUAAUGGGCAUGUCACCGGCGACAGCGGAGCUAAAUUAUUUAGACAAAGUUAAAUGGCACGAUAUGUAUGGCGUGGAUUUGCAUCCGGUGCUGGGUGAGGACAGCGUCGAGUACUUUCUGGGCCUGACGCCAAGUGGCAUUGUGGUGCUGCGCAACAAGACGACAGUGGCUCAUUACUAUUGGCCGCGCAUUGCCAAAGUUUACUACAAAGGACGCUAUUUCAUGCUGCGGAUAAGCGAUAAAAAUAACGAGCUCAGCACCUAUGGCUUUGAGACGCCGCGAAAAACAGCUUGCAAGCAUUUGUGGCGCUGCUGUGUGGAGCAUCACGCCUUCUUUCGCAUGGUGCGCAUCGCGCCGUUGCCGAAUUCGCAAUCGAAUAAUUCGGAUUUAUUUCAACUCGGUUCGCGUUUACGCUACAGUCGCACGGAGAAGCAGCCCUCGGCCAAGGAUGCACUCUCGCUGGGUCGCAUACAGCCGGCAUUCACACGUGUCCCCUCGAAGCGCCAGCCAAGACGCGUGAUUGAUGAUUUUCUGCACGGCAGUAGAAGCGCCAGCAACACCCUGAAAGGCAAAACGGGCGGCGGUCACAGCAACGGCGGCAUAGGCAGCAGCGUCACUGACAGCGGUGUCUACCAGAACGGCGGCGGCGGCGGCGGUGUUGGCGCGGGCUUGCAAGCGGCCCACAUGAUGCCCAACAACUACGAGAGUCCCUACCGCUCCACGUACAGCAUACCAACGAGCCUCGGCAUACGUCCGUAUCAUCAGCAAUCCCAGCUGGGCAACAACGGCGGUGGCAGCGUUUGCAACAGUAAUUUGCAAACACCUGAUUCACCGCGCAGCACGCGCAGCGCACCAUGGCCACGUUCCCAACAGCGUUCACUAUUCGGCAAUAAUCCUUCAAGUCCGCGCUCGGUGCGUUCGGCGAUCGCAGGCGGUGGCGGCGGUGGUGGUAGCGGCUCGCAUCAUCACCAUCAACACCAACACCAUCACCACCAGUCCGGCGGUUCGUCGCAGCAUCGGCAUUCGUCGCGUUCAGCGCAUCGCGAUCAUGUAUCUUCAUCCUCGACAUCGGCACAUCAGCAGCGCUAUCGUUCGAGUUCGGUGGAAAGUCAUUCAUCAAACGAUUCACGUUCGACGCGCAGACAUAAGCAUCGCCAUCGGCGUACCUCCGAUAAUGAGAGUGAAUUAUCGCGUGGAUCUGGCCGUUCAGGUCGUUCGCAUCAUCGCAAGCGUCGUCGUUCGCGUCACCGUCGCGACUCUGCCGGUUCGGAGCAUGAGAGCACGCGCGGUCGCAGUUAUUCGGGCCACCGUUCGUCAUCGGUGCGCAGCGGUUCGGCGGAGUUAAUCGAUUCCACAUUACAGUGGCGCGAAGUGCAACGCCGUCAGGCAGAGGCUAGUAUGGGUCAAAGUUCCGUACAGCAGGCGUCCGUCUCGAAGAGUAGUGUGGUGGCGCGCAGCAUGCACAGCAACGAUAGUCAUUCGGAUACGCAUUCGCAUCACAAAUCACGGCGACAUCGCAAGAACAAAUCUCCCUCCGAUUCGCGCAAUCGCAUUUGGUCUAGUGAACUAGCGAAACAUUUGCAAUUCGGUCUAGUCGAUACCGCUGGCAUGACUGAGGAUCAGCUACGCGAAAUACCCUACACGGUGGUGGAGACAAAUUCGAAACGUUCCACAAUGAAUAUGAAGAUCCACAAGAGCGGCAGCAAGGGUAGCGUGGGUGGCAAGAGCACUGGUUCGGGUAAUACGAUAACAAACGGUAGCGGUUCAACGAGCGGACAAGGCAAAAAUCGGGUGGAUCGCAUUAGAGGAAAAUGUGAAUCCGGUCAACCAAAUCUCAACAAUGAUCGUAUCAGAUUGUAUUUCCAAAGUUCGAAUGUGACUGAUAAUACGAGUGGCCGAAAUGGAUCUAUACGCUCUGCCAGCACAAUAUCGUCAAGAGAAUGUGAACGGAAUAGCGGCUUAGUAAGAAUGAUGUCCAGCAUGAGUAUGGGCGACUUCAUCUCACCGACAGGCUCUAAUCUCAGCCCACUAGAGAAUUCAGCGUUGCGUGUUUCACACGAGCACACCGAUUCCGGACUCGGUGCGGAUCAAGACUACGCCUAUUCCUCCGAACGAUCUAGCGAUAGUACACGGUAUGGAACCAAUAAAUCUUCGGGCGCCUCGAGCGGCAGUCAUCGCAAGUCCAUUGGCGGCGGUGGAGGAGGCGGAGGCGGCGGCGGUGGCACAUCCACUUACAACAGCUUAAUGCAACAAACUGUGAGUAAUCAGCAAAUGCAACACCAACAACAACAACAGGCUACGCCACGCCAAACUUCAUGCUUUGCACAACGCCAACCACAACAACAAAAACAGCCAUCACAAACGAAACCCAUUUACAAUAACCCCAACUCCAACCAUCAAAUGGGUAAAUCGUUGGCGCCCAUACACACCUCAUCAUCCAACUCCCACGGUCCCACGUCCCUUGCUUCCGCCCAUCAUACGGCCACUAACCUUACUAACGCUAAUGAGAAAUGCGCCUCAAAAGCCGCACACUCAAGCGCAAACAACAGUAACAACAACAACAACAACAGCAGUGGUAGCAACAACAGCGGUGUUGGCAAUCGUCUACUGAACUACACCACAUUCGAGAAUAAUCAAUACAAAUUCAGUUUGAAUAAUGUUUUUGGCAAAUCGACUGGUGCGUCAGCCGGCAACGGUCAUAACGGCAGUAGUGGUAACGGUAGUAGCGGUAAUAUUACAGGUGUUCUUAAUGGUGGUGGUUGUGGUGCUAUUGAUAAUGCUUAUGGUUGUGGUAGUAAUUUAAGUUCUAGCACCAAUCGCAUGGAUAGCUUUGUGGAAUGGCCGAAUACGCCGGCAGCGCCCUACUACUAUCAAGGACCGUCGUCGGUCGCCGGUUUGCACAUCAAGAAGCGCGACGCCAAAUCGGAUAUCGGUGUGCCGACAAGACGACUCUCCGGACAGGCCAUCACCAAAACGCAGCUACUCACCGGUCAGAUGCCCGCAUCGAGCUACUAUCAUACACCGGCACCCGUACACACCGCUGGCAUGGGUGGCUUCGAUGCGCGUCUCCAUCCCGCCAAGUCCGAUCUCUUUCUCUCCUACAUACAUCACGGCGCCGGCGGCGGCACUGCCGAGUACGAGCGUCCCUACAUCUACAACUACAAAAUGCCGCAAAUGCCCGAUUUUCUACGUGGCACUGGGCAAGCGCAGCCACAGUCGCAGCAGCAGCAGCAGCAACAACAUGCGUCGCCGGAGUUGCAUCCACAAAUGUCAGCUUAUCACAUUUCGGGCGCUCAAACCGCCGAUCCGCCACCACCGCAGCAAGCGCUUUACAAGUCUGCAUUCGGCGGCAGCAGUGGUGCGGGCGGUGUGGAGAGCGCUAUGCUUUAUGGUGGCGCCACACCUGCCACCGAUGUGCUCUACUACCAGUUCGACAACGGUAAGCCGCCCAUUGUGCAACAACCGAAAUCUUUGCUGCACAAGACCGCAAACAAUGCCGCCGGCGGUGGUGGCGUUGCCGGCGGUGGUGUUGUCGGUCCAUUGGUAUUCCUGCAGCAUGCCACAUCGUCAGCAGCAUCAGCAUCAGUACAGCAGCCGCAAACUCCCACCGGUGGUGGCAAUCAGUCCAGUGCAACACCAACAAGCACAACACAAUCGUCAAACUGCAGCGAAGGCAGCAUCGAUGAGCACAACGAAGAUGAGCUCGAAGACGUGCAAGAAGUCGAGGAGGAAGACGUGGACGAACACUAUGCCAGAGAGGGGCAGCCUCCAGGGGAGAAGGACGCCUACAAUGUCGAAUUUACGCGGCAUGAUGAAUUGCUGGCAAUAUCGCCCGCCGAUAGCGCUAGCGGCAACAACAACUAUAGCUGCAACGCUGCAGACUCCAUAGAGACUAUCGACAACGCCGACGUUGGCGAAGGUGAUUCCCUCGCGGCCAAUUACAAUCUCGAUAAUUGCAAUGCCAACGCCAAUGCCAAUAGCAUUGGCUGCGCCGGCAAUUUGUCUUAUAAUACCAAUAUUAAUGUGAAUGCCAACACCAACAACACUAAUCCCCGCACCAGUAGCAACAACACAUCCCCAACCAAUUGUAGUGCCCCGAAUGCAAAUGCAACGCCUAAUCGCAAUCGAUGCAACAUUUCGCAAAUCAAUCAAAAUCAAAAUCCAAAUCACAACCAGAAUCUCAAUCAGAAUCAGAAUCUGAGUCAAAAUCAAAAUCAAAAUCAAUAUUUGGUUCACAAUUCGAAUUCGAAUCCAAAUUCGUUAGCACAAAAUCGCAACCAAAAUUCCAUGCAAAAUUCCAAUGCGAAUGUGAGCACAAUUCACAACCAAACGAAUCCAAGUAUUUCCUCCAGUCUAGAGAUUAUACUCUCACCUAUAAUACAAAGUAGUCGACGGACGCAAUAGUCGGCGAAAUGAGCACGGAAUUAUGAGAAUUAGCCAAAUUCAAUAGACGUCAAUAGCCGAAUGUAGAGCAGCAGACAACAACAACAGCGCCAACAGCACGCGCUGGCAAAGUAACCACAAUAGAGGGAGCACUGGCGCUUGUCGAACAAGAACAGCAGCGGCAGCUAAGUGUAGAUUUUUCACAACAACAACAACAACAACAAUGGCAGCAAUAUCAUGACUUGAUACACGAGCAACAACAACAACAGCCGCUGGCACCGCCACCGAGCGCGUUUUGCAAACACUGGCUACAACAACAGCAGCUGCAGCAUGAAGAGCAACAAAAAAGUACACAGCAACAACAAUAGUAACGCAUGUAGCAAAAAUACAAGCGCGCUUAGCGGCGGCAACAGCAACGAGUAUAUGCACAGUGGCAACAGUUGCAUGCAACAAGCACUGCUCUACACAAUUUCAGCUAAAAUAUUAACUAGCACAGCGACAAGCAAGCAACAAGAGGCAGAACAUGAGUGCAGCGGCAACAGCUGGAGGGAAAAAGUUAGCAAAAAGCGAGCAUUUGCAGCAAGUGCAGUUGAAUAGUUUCGUUGCGGCGCCCACAUGGUUGCGGUUGUGGUAAAAGUGUAUAUGUAAAUAUGUAUAUAUAUGUGUGUAUGUGUGUGGAACUUACAACAGAGUAUCGGUAACUGGUAUAAUAAAUACAGCAAUGUGUUUGAGAAAUAAAAUAGAAAAAUAGUGAACGAUUUAAAGUAAAAUGUUGCAAGCAGCAACAAAAACAACAACAAUAAAAACAACCAUAAUAAAAACAACAAUAUUUUUAGCAAGCUGUAAGCGAUACAAGCUUGCAGUAAGCUCGCACACAUCAUUUGCAUGCGAUUCGGUAUUUGUGUAGUGUAGCAUAGUUUCAGGCGCACUAUUUGAAAAGUUGCAAAGCUACUUACGUUUCGUCAAGUAAAUUGGCAACAAAGCGAAGCAGCAGCAAAAUAAAUGCUGUGUACUUGUAUCUUGUUGCAUAAAUGCUGGAAAAGUCCAAAAUUUGUUUUCAUUUUGUUUAGAGAAAACGGAAAUAUUUGAACGAAGCUUUGCUUCAGUGUAGUGUUUUGAGUCUUUUAAGUCCAUUUGAUAUAUAUAAAUAUUGCUACAAGUUGCGCAUAGUUGCAGAAAAUAUAGCAAAUCAAAAUAUUUAAACGAAACUCUCAACAAAUAAGCAUUACAUUGAGAAAAAGUUUCAGAUUUCGCAGCAAAUAUUUAUAAAUUUACUCACUUGAGCAUUAAGCGAAGCAGCUGAUGCCCAAGAAGCGCUCGUUGCCUCUUACUCUGUACUUCCCCUGUUAAUUGUGUUGCCAUCUCGAGUGAGUUUGUGCCCAAAUUUAAUGCCGCUGCGCAUCAGGGCGCGACAACGACCUCCAUUAAAUGCAAAGGAAAUUGAUUUUUAUGCAAUUUCUGAUGUGAGGCUAUUAAACAUUUAUGGCGCACUUCUAUCUCUUCGGUUUAGCAGCUGCUUUGUACGAAUUUGUAGAGUGGAAUUUUAUGUUUCAAUCGUAAAAGUAUUAGAUGAUGUUAAACAAAUGUUUUUAUUAUGAGUUGCUGUACAAGUAAAGGGUAGCGCUGGAGCAUGUGAAGAUAUUAACGGGUUUACAAGCUGGUGGCAAUGUGGCAGAAUGCGUGACAAGGAUUUUUAAAAAUGUUUAGUCUGCAAUAAUUACAAAGUUGAAGUUUUCGGGAUUUGAAAAUAUUUUUUUCGGGAUCCCGAAAUAUUUCGGGAUUUAUGGAAUGUUUUUCAGAUUGGUAUUAGUUUUUUGCUGUAAUAACAGUAUAAGUAAUACUUUUUUCUAAGCAUUCAAUAAAUUUCGUUGAAGUUUUCGGGAUACCGAAAUAUUUCGGAAUUCGUAAGCUGUUAUUUGAAGCAGAAUUAAUUUGUUCCUGCUGCAGAAGUAGUUUUAGUUUGUUCCUGCAAGCGCACUCAAAACUAAUAUUUGGAAAAUUACUCUUGGUCUUCAAUGCAUUAAAUUGGAAUUUUUGAAUUGUAAUUCAUCGGGAUCCCGAACUGUUUUUAGAGGGGUAUUAGUUUGUUCCUGUACUAACAUGGAAUAAUAAUUUUUUACGAAAAAAUGUUUAAAUCUUCAAUAAAUUGCGUGGAGGAAUUCGGGACUUGCAAAUCAAUUCCGGAAUCGGGAUUCCGAAUGUUUUCUAAUUUUUGCUUAACUUACCUUUCGACUUCACGCUAAUUGAAAAGCACAAUGCUGCCAUUUCCGUUAUAUAAAGAAAAAACAAAAAUUUAAAUUACUCCAAAGCAAACUAGUUAUGGUCCAGUUACUGAAAACUUUCUUGUAACCUACUUCGCGCGUUUUAGCUAUCAGCUACUACAUGAACAGCGAAAAGCACGUUGCGGUCAUGUUUAGUACAAGAAAAUAAAAACAAAAGUGGAAAUAUUUCCAAAAAAAUUGUGGUUAAAUGAUACUAGUUAUGGACCACCUACAUGUAUGCUCAUACUUUCUUCUUAAUAUUAGAGGUUCAUCAUAAAACUAAGUGCUGUUGGGUGCAAAGGAAAACUGAAACGAAAACGAAACGAAAAUAUAUGCAUAGUAAAUUAAUUAAAAGGUAACUAGUUAUGGACUAGUUGCUUUUACUUUCUUUCGCUUACUUCUAUCUUGCGAGAAAAUCAAAAUUAAACAUUUCUGUUAUGCAUAUUAUAUGAAAAUAAAGCAAACAAUUAAAUUGUUCCAAAGUGAACUAGUUAUGGACUAGUUGCUUUUACUUUUUCGUUAUUCGUUAUAUUGCAAAAAAAUCAAAAUAAAACAGUACUGUCAUGUAUAUUAUAUGAAAAUAAAGCAAACAAUUAAAUUGUUCUAAAAUGAACUAGUUAUGGACUAGUUGUUUUUUCUUUUUCGCUCUUUUCUAUAUUGCAAAAUAAUCAAAAUAAAGUACUGUCAUGUAUAUUAUAAGAAAAGAAAUCAAACGGUAAAAUUUUUCCAAAGUGAACUAGUUACAAUCAAACCAGUUUUAAACCAGUUACCGACUACUUACAUACUUUUUAACUGCCAUCUUCCAACAGCGCAGCUACAACUAAGCAUUACACAAUUAGCUACAGAAAUUAAAGAAAUAUACACUAACUGUUAAAGUCUCUAAAUGUGCAAUUAAUUGUUCUCCAAAGUACUAUAUAAUAACUGCCAACCACACGCUCGCCCACAAAAUGUUGCUUGUGACACUUACAAGUAAAAUAAAUCGCAGUUGUAUUUCAGAAACUAGCUUCCUAUAUUCAUUUAAGCGGCAAAUCUAAAAAAUGUGCGUGUUGUUUUGUUGCUUCAACGGCAUUAAUGUGGAGCAAUAAUACCGCAAAAAUAAAAAAAGAAAUAUUAAAUGAAGAAUUAGAUUUAAAGAAAAAAUUCAGUGAAAUCUUUCGCGGAUAUGUGUAUAUUAGACUUAAAAAAACUUACCAAUACCAUGUAGCACUGCCAUCAAAACUUUUAUAUAAGCAACGCAAGUAUAUAUGUAUGUAGUACUAACGAAAAUUAAUGAUUAAUAAUAAUGAUGAAUAAUAAUGAGUAAUUAAUGUUUAAUUCAACUCCAAGCUGUAAUCAAAUUGUCUAAACUCGUGUUUUAGCAUAGAAAUCGAUAAAUCAAACUCGUAAGCAUAUUUUAAUCUCUUCUAUUACAUAAGUCGCAAACAAUAAAUUUAUCAUAUUUAUUACAUAAGUAACUGAAAAAUAAUAAUAAAUAUAUAAAUCAAACUGAUGAGCAAACAAUUUAAUAAUCAAAAAGUGUGUACUCUCACUCUCACUACUUACUAAUUACUAAUAAAUUUAAAAAAAAAUCAAAAUAGUUAAGCAAUUUUUCAAUUAAAGUCUACUAAAUGUCACAAUAUGUCAUAGUGUUAGUGAAUAUAAAUAUAGAAACGAAAAUCGAGCAAUUUAAAUUGAAUCUCUGCAUGUAUGUGAGUAAAUCAGACUAAGCUAAACAUAUACUUUCGGCGACAUUAAGCGCCGUUCACACUGAUGAAUUUUAAUACUCACAUCUACAAGACAUUUAGACGGCCAUUAAACCCAUACCAAUGCAUAUAGAAAAUGAUAUGGCGUUUUUAGUUUAUAUACUUUAAAUAGCACACGCUAAUUAUAUACUUAACUUAACUUAAAUUAACUUAACUUAUACUAAGGAAUGCAUACUUAAACACCUUGAUAAUUAGUUGUAAGCAUUUACUAAAGUUUGUGCUCGUAUAAGUGUAAGUGCAUAUACAUUGAUGGACAUACAUAGCUAUAUAUGUAUAUAUGUGUGUGCUAUAUUUAAAUAUGUGAAAUGCAUAUGUAACUAUGUGUAAGUCAACAAUAUAAUACCAAGUAUGUAUUUUUUACUGUGCAGUGUUUUAUGAAUGUAACUUUUACUUGAACACGAUAAACGAGUUUGAAUAAACGUCUUUUAUACAAAUAA